AUGACGCGAAUGUAUCGUCUGGUGCGGCCGGUUCGGAAAGCGUACGUGCAACAAGUGGAGGUGUUCACCAACUGGGUGGACCGCUCCGGCUCCUGGCUGAAGGCCAGGAUUGUCUCCGGCGAUGCGAAGUCUUACGUCGUCGAGUACUACGAGCUCCGGCCAGGGACCAUGGAGCGCGUGCCCAGGAAGAGCGUCAGGUGGCCGACGCUGCCGCCUACCGCAUCAGCAGUCCCUGCUACUACCCGCUGGCCUCGCGGCGCCAAUGUCGAGGCGCGCAAGAACAAUAAAGACGGCGACUGGAUGCCAGCGACCGUGUCUGGAGCUGAUCGCGACGGCCCCGAGCCUCGCCACGUGAUCACGCUCUUCAGGUCGAACGAAGCGAUCGAGGUGCGCGCAUCGGACACCAGGCCUCGCAAAGUCGCGUGGCUUGCGAAGCGCAAGCUCAGCAAGAGAUGUGCUGUGAAGCCGUGCGGCGAUGAAAAGAAGAGUUCCGCCGAGACGGAGGGAGCAGCGCCUGCAGAGACUCCGCCGCCACAGACGGCCGUUCUCAACACUGCUGCGUGCAAAGAACCCAAAGAUAUCCCCGAGAGCGUUUCGAUGGUAGAUCAUCCUACCGAUCAAGUUGUGAAUGAUCCAUUCGACGCCUGCUCCAAUGAUGGGGAGAAACGCCAGCUCUCUGCGAAUGUCGAGGAUCCUUCCGGUCAGUCUGCUCAUCCUUCUGAACAUCAAGAUGUGAAAGCCGGUCCAACGAGUAGCAACAGCGGUUCUUGCAGCUCAAAGAGAAAGCGACCUUCCUCCCGCGACGACGGUGAGAUCGUCGCAGCUGAAACGCAUAGUUUGGAGCAGAAAGCGUAUCAUUACGCCCUGAUGGCGCUCUACAAAUCCGGGAGGUUGUUGAGUUGGGAGCAAGAAACAUCGUUAUCCGACAUGCGUGCUCUCCUCCACAUAUCAGAUGAUGAGCACCUGCUCGAGCUGAAGAAGUUGAGAUCUGGUUAG